AUGGCCAAACACAUCAUAAAAUCGGAAGAACAUUCACCUAAAAUUCCUCAGAGACCUGAUCCGCAGCAGGUCACAGACAGGACAUUUUUCAUCGAUGCAGCUAAUCGGAACUUGACAGCCAUCCCAUUGGAGAUACUAGCACUCAAAGAGUUAGAAGAAGUGCAUUUAGAAAAUAACCUGAUUGAAGAAAUUCCCAAGAAUAUUCAGCAUUUAAAGAACAUCAAGAUCCUUUACCUGAACAAGAACAACCUGAAGAACCUCUGCCCAGAACUGGGUGGCCUGGGCAGCCUGGAGGGCCUGGAUCUGAGCUACAACCCCAUCCUCGCCUCCUCCCUCCCUGUCAUCAGCGGCCUCCAUGCCCUGCGUGAGCUCCGGCUCUACCACAUCAACCUGGGGGAGAUUCCCAUCGUGAUCUGUAAGAACCUUCACCACCUGGAGCUGCUCGGACUCACGGGAAACCAUCUGGAAUGUCUACCUAAGGAAAUCGUGAACCAGACCAAACUCAGGGAGAUCUACCUGAAGCAAAACCAAUUUGAAGUUUUCCCGCAGGAGCUGUGCAUUCUCUACAACCUGGAGAUCAUUGACCUGGAUGAGAAUAAACUCAGCGCCAUCCCCGAGGAGAUAGGGAACCUGACAAGUCUGCGUAAGUUCUUCGUGGCUUAUAACAACCUGCCCUUCGUGCCCGACUCGCUGGGCCGGUGUGAAAAGAUGUCGGUGCUCGACGUAUCCCACAACCUCCUCCAGUCCCUCCCGCACACUCUCAGCCAGCUCACGGAGAUGACAGAAAUUGGGCUGAGCGGGAACCACCUGGAGAAGGUGCCGCGCCUCCUCUGCAGGUGGACCUCCUUGCACCUGCUCUACCUGCAAGACACCGGCCUGCGGGGGCUGCGGCGCUCCUUCAGGCGCCUGGUCAACCUGCACUUCCUGGAUCUCAGCCAGAACCAUCUGGACCACUGCCCGCUGCAGAUUUGUAUGCUGAAGAACCUGGAAGUCCUGGCGCUGGAUGACAAUAAAAUAGGACAGUUACCUUCAGCAUUGAGCUUUCUCUCAAAACUGAAGAUUCUUGGGCUCACAGCAAAUAAGUUCUCUGCCUUUCCAGAGGAAGUCUUUUCUUUAGUGUCUCUAGAGAAACUCUACAUUGGACAAGACCGUGGAUCCAAGUUUACCCUUGUGCCAGAAAGUAUUGGGAAACUGCAGAGUCUUAAAGAGCUCUACAUAGAGAACAAUUAUCUGGAAUACCUGCCUGUCUCCUUGGGGUCAAUGCCUAACCUGGAAGUUCUUUUUUGCCAGCACAAUUUACUUAGGCAACUUCCAGAUGCCAUUUGCCAAGCACAAGCUUUGAAACAACUAUGGCUGGAUGACAACUUACUCACUCAUCUUCCAGAGAAUUUGGAUUCCCUCGUGAAUCUUAAGAUUCUGACACUGAAGGACAAUCCCAUGGAAGAACCCCCUGUAGACGUGUGUGCUAAAGACAUCGAGGUCAUAUGGGACUACCUUAAGCAAAGCAGAAAUAGGAAACGAAUGGCAAUAAAGAUUCAGGCGUGGUGGCGUGGAACAAUGGUACGGAAAGGAUUCGGGAGAUUUGCAGAACUGGUGAAAACACGAAAGAAAGGAAAGACGUCUCCAAAAGAUAAAAAAGGAAAGAAGGAUGCAAAAGGAAAACCUGAAAAGGGAAAUAAGAAAUAA